CUUUACUAAUUACCUUAAACUAUUGCGUAAACAAUUUUUACUAGUCACAUUAGUCAUAGGUUUCACUCAAAAUUCAACACCACCACUCUUUCUCUUGAUCCAAGGAGAACUUUUAUUCACUUAUUUAUCAAUUAAUUUAAUUAUUCAUGUGACUUUUUUUUUUAAAUUUAGUUUCACUCAAUUCUUAAUCCAAUCGUUGAUUUAUACAUUAAGCGUCCCUCUUACUUGAAUCAAUUCUCUUAUUUUCUUGAAGCCCGCCAUUUUUUGCCAUCUGGGACGAAAAGCCCAACUUUGUUUUUAAGGUUGAAAUAAUUGUGAUAUUGAAAUAUUUGUGGCAUUUAUUAGGUGGGUUCAGGCUUGAGAGAUGGAUGCUGCAGACACGAGUUCAUUCUUGAGUUUGUUUGCUGCAGUCUCAUAUGGGAUUGCUUCAAUGGCAAUGGUUUUCAUCAAUAAGGCAGUGCUGAUGCAGUAUGCACACUCAAUGACUUUGCUUACACUCCAGCAAUUGGCAACUACUUUGCUCAUUCAUUUUGGUAGAUCCAUGGGAUACAUGAAAGCCAGAGGACUAAAUGUGGAGACAGCCAAAAAACUUAUAUUUGUUUCGUUAUUCUACAAUGCAAAUGUUGCAUUUGCUUUAGCAAGUUUAAAAGGAGUAAACAUUCCAAUGUACAUUGCCAUCAAAAGAUUGACACCACUUGCUGUUCUAAUAGCUGGAUUCUUUACUGGAAAGGGAAAACCUACAACUCAGGUAACCCUUUCAGUUAUGCUGACAGCUGCAGGUGUAAUUAUAGCAGCACUAGGAGAUUUUUCUUUUGAUCCUUUUGGAUAUAGCAUGGCUCUUACUUCUGUUUUCUUCCAGACCAUGUACCUUGUAUUGGUGGAGAGGUCAGGUGCGGAGGAUGGGCUGUCAUCAAUUGAGAUCAUGUUCUAUAACAGCUUUUUGUCUUUACCAUUUCUCCUGUUUCUCAUCAUCGCUACUGGAGAGUUUCCGAACUCCUUGUCAUUGUUGCUUGCAAAGAGUACUUCACUAUCGUUUUUGGUUAUUCUUCUUCUUUCUCUGGUGAUGGGAAUUGUUCUCAACUACACAAUGUUCUUGUGUACCAUUGUUAACUCUGCUUUAACCACCACUAUAGUUGGUGUCCUCAAGGGGGUCGGUUCAACGACCUUUGGUUUCAUAUUGUUAGGAGGAGUGCAAGUGCACGCACUGAACGUUACUGGACUAGUAAUCAAUACAGCUGGUGGUAUAUGGUACUCAUAUGCGAAAUAUCACCAAAAGAAGAGCAAGUUGCCAAAGCUAAUGUCGGAUGUGGAAGCCCAUCGCAAGUGAAAUUCAUGUGGGUGGGUGUCCAGAAGCCGGCUUAAUAACUUAUUUCAUUCUUUCUGUUUAAAAUUUAGGUGCUUCGUCCAUGAAGUGGGGACUGGAGAGUAACAGGGCAUUCAUUAUACAUGACAUAACGCUAAUUUGAGCUCGAGUGAUUGUAAGCCAAUUUCAUGUUGAAAAGAAGAAAGUGAUCUUGUGGAAAGGAGGGAAAUAUUGAGAAACAGUGAGGGAACAAAUUGUCAGAAGAUAUUAGAAUUGAGAAUUGAAUUAUAUGUUUUGGCGGCUAGGAAAGUUUAGCAAGUGUUGUAGCCAAACUACUAGUGAAUACACAAUGGCAAAGGCGUGGAAUGGCAGAGAAGUUAGCGGUAAUGAUGCAUUCAAGAUCCGAAGUCUAUUUUCGAUAUGUGUAUUGCUUUAUUUGUUUCUCGUUAUGUGGUUUACAACUGAACUCGACUGGUGCGGUGUAAUCGGGUUUCUUGAAGCAACGGAAACAAAAUGUACAAGAGCCGGAGUCAUUAUUUAUUGUACGUAUGAGUAGGCUUGUUAAUUGGAUCACAUAAGUCGGGCUUUUAAAAAUUCAGGUUUAGAUCAUUUAAUUUGUAACA